AUGAUUUGUUAACCUAAUUAAGUAAUAGUUAAUGAAUCUGAAUAUGAUGAUUGUUCCUUAUAUUUUAUUCUUGAAGGUAAUUUUAAAGUAGUCAAUAAAAUGGGAGUUUAAUUAUAAAUCUUAGGAGUAUUUUCAAUUUAUUAUUAUUAUUAUUAUAGUCAACACAAACUUUUGGUGAAAUCUCCUUUUACACUCAAUUACCCAGAUCUGCAACAGUAAUAAGUGAAGGAGUCUGUAGACUCUUAAGAAUUAGAAGAGAAGUCUUCCUUAAAUUAUUAACAUUUAGUGAUAAAGUAUUAAAAUCAAUCUUAUCCAUUAAGCAAUACUUCUAUAAUGUUAGAGAUCGUAUAUUGAUUCAUAAAGAUUUACCAUGUUUAUGUUUCUGUUGUCAAUAAAGUGAUCAUCUUAUGACUAAAUGUCCUUUAUUGACUUUUAGACCAGAUAAAGAGAAAGUGAUUAAAACUUAUAUAUACCCUGUUAGGAAUCUUAGAUAAUAAUGUAAUAAUUACUAUAUAUUUAUAUUUAGAUCCUAGAAGAUAAAAUAAAGAAAUGAAAGCUUUUGAUUUCUUGAAAGAUGCAGAGGCUAAUCAAGAUUACUUAUUGUAAUUGUAUUCAGAUAAUCAUUUUCAAUCAUCCAAUCAAUUUAGUUAAUCAAAUCUACCAUAUGAUGAUGUAUAUAUUAAAGAAUCUUAUGCUUCUGCUUAGAGUUUUAGUAGAGUAAGCAGGGAGAAAUCGUUGUUAAAGAGUACAUCAUUAUUAAAGGAGAAAUCUAUAUAUGAAUAAUAAUAAUCUUUGAUGAAUGAUGUGUAAAAGUAUAUCUUAAAUAUCUUUAAGCUUUUUGGAAACUGCAGAAAAUCAAUAUAUUGUACAUUAAGGUGAAUUGGAUGAUGAUAAAUUUGUUAGUUUAUUGAGAAAAGAUUAACAAAAGAAUACAUUUGCUACUGCUGGCUUUGGUAAUCUAGGUCAACAAUCAAUAAAAGAUCAAAAAUCAUUGAAUGUUAUUAUUGAGAAUGAAAGUUCAGAAAAUUCACCUUCUUUAGAGAAUGUAUUAGAAUAAGGCAAUUAACCUCAAAGAUUUAAAGAUCCUAAAUUAACCUUCAAUUAUAAUUUUGAUAAUCAGAUGAGUGAAUUAUAGACUAAAUACUAAUAAUAUUAGAGGAAUGCUUCAGAAUCUUUUAAUAAUUCUGUUCUUCGAUAAGAAAAUAAAUAAAAUUCAAUCAGAUAAAAUUCUUCAAGAUCUCAAACUUAUAGUCCUAUUACUUCUAAUAAUAUUACUGCUAAUUCACAUCGUUCAUAAAUAAAAUAAAAUGAAAACACUCAAACUCCUUCAGGAAAACCUAGAAGAUCUACCAAUUCCAAUUAUACUGUUAGAUCAAUCUCUGGAAUCAAUAGGUAAUAUACUGAUAGUCCAGAAUUGUAAAGUAGAAAGGGAACUAACAGAAAAAAAUCAACUAGAACUGGAACCAAAGUAUCUAUAGCACCUUCUCAAUUUUAACCUUUUAGUGGAUUUGAUGUAAAUAUUUUUAAUAAAUAAAAGAAUCCUAUAGGAGCUGAAUUUGGAGACAAUGAUUUUGAGAAAUUAUACUUAUUUGAAGUAUAUCUCCCCUAUAAUAAUUAUGAUAUUGUUAUUUACAAGUAAUUAUAUAUAAUAAUGAUUUUAGAUUUAAUUAAUACAAUAAAUAAAAAAGACUAAAGAAAUUAUCUAAAUACUUUUUAUCCUUUUAAUUAGCUGUAUAAAUUUAGAGAUUGAAAGCAAAGUAAUAGUUUAUUUAUUAAAAAUUAGAUAAUGUAAAUAAUGA